AUGGCGAUGGCGACGGCGGAAAUACUGGCUCUGGUGAAUCUGUUGUUUGCAUUCGCUUCGAAUCCGUCCAUGGCGUUUCGAAUUUUUCUCGUAAUGAUUAAUCUUGCAAUUGUUGCUGGAACGAUGAGAAGAAACCGGGAACCGUCUUCAACCUCUACGUCAUCGUCUGGAAUCAAUUAUGAAGUAUUCUUGAGUUUCAGAGGUGCAGAUACUCGUAAAACAUUCACGGAUCACCUUCACGAAAAAUUGGUAGAUCUAGGGAUCAAGGUCUUUAGAGACGACAAAGACCUCUGUGCUGGGGAAGAAAUAAAAAAGGAGCUAAAAGACUCCAUCAAGCGGUCAAGGAUUUCGAUAGCCAUACUCUCCAAAGAUUAUGCUUCCAGUAAAAGCUGCCUCAUGGAGCUGGAACAAAUGUGGGAGUGCAGAAAAUUAAAUGGACAGACUAUUAUCCCGAUUUUCUAUGAUGUUAGUCCCUUCGAUGUAAAGCACCAGGCUGGGGAUUUUGAAAGGUCCUUCCAUCAACAUGAGAAUGACGGAGUCAACUCAAAUACCAUCGAAGCAUGGAAGGAGGUUCUUCGACGUACGGGUAACUUACGCGGAUUUGAUCGGGAGAACGUAGAUGGGGGGCAUGAGGCCCAGCUCGUUAAAGAAGUUGUUAGACGCGUCAGGCGGGUGUUGAAGAAGGAUGACCAAGUUGUAACCGACAAACUAGUUGGAAUUGAUCUUCAUGUCCAAGAGUUGAUGAAAAAGCUUGGUGUAAUCUACAGGGAUGGACAAGCGAUCCAAGUUCGUGGGGAUGACGUGCGUGUUGUUGGAAUAUGUGGUAUGCCCGGUGUUGGAAAGACUACACUUGCAAAGGUUAUCUUCAACAAACUGCAUAAGUUGUUUGAGGAAUGUAGCUUCCUUGAAGGUAUUAGUUCCCAGAAAGUCGAGGUUUCACAAGAAAUGUUGAUUGCUGACCUUCAAAAAGAAAAACCGGAACAUCUUAAAUCUUCUGGUGAAGGUAUUAGAAAAAUAAAAAGUCUAUUUAGUAAUAUGAAGGUUCUCAUUGUGCUUGAUGAUGUGUAUGAGAAUAAACAAAUUAAAGCAUUAGUCGAGAAACUUAGUUGGUUUGGUACAGGAAGUAGAAUCAUUGUGACCACAAGCAACAGAAAAGUUCUAAAGGGUAUCGACUUUCGAGCACCCAAAGAUGGAGCAGCCAAUGGAACAGUUGAAGAGUACGAGGUUGCGCCAAUGAGACAUGACCAUGCUCUUCAACUCUUUCGUAAGCAUGCUUUUCAAGGGGAUGCUCCCCAAGAUGUCUCUGAGUAUGAUUUCCUGUCCAUAGACAUCACCAAUGCUAUCGGAGGGCUUCCUCUGGCUGUUGAGAUUACGGCUUCAAGUUUAUAUGGGGAGGAUGUGCAAAGGUGGAGAAGUACCUUGAAAUCCUUAAAAAAAUACCAAAAGGAUGAUAUUUAUGCUGCCUUCAAGGCCUGUUAUGAAUCUUUGAGUCCUCGUAUAAAGGAGAUUUUCCUUGACAUAGCGUGCUUUUUUAUAGGAAAGGAUAAGAGAAUUCCUUCUUACAUGUGGGACGCAUGUAAUUACGAUUCUGGAGGAAUAGAGCUCCUUCGUGACAUGCAUAUGUUGGAAGAUGGAGAAAAUAAUGAAUUAAGAAUGCAGAAUCUGUUAAGAGACUUUGGCAGGAAGAUUGUCGAGAGCAAAGGUCUUCAUGAGCGCUGCCGGUUUUGGAAUCACAGUGACGCACUUUCCAUUCUAAGCGAUGGUGAGGGUACUGAAAGAGUCCAAGGCAUAGGUCUCACAUUUGAAGAGGGUUGCAGCAUCUGUUUUCCAUGUGAAAAAUUUCGCAAAAUGACGAAUUUGAGGUACCUCAGACUGGAUGGGGCUAACAUCCGGGGAAAUACUGAGAAUCUUCUUCCAAAUUUGAGGUGGCUUGAUUGGCGAGAGAGCUGUUCGAUUCCUCUAAAUAAUAUGCAUUUGAAGAAGUUAGUCGUUCUUGAUCUGUCGAGGAGUGUCACCAAUGAUUCAAAAAUAUGGAGUCAAAGCAUGGAGAAGGUGCAGGAAUUGAAAGUCUUGAACCUACAAGGAUGUACUCUGUUCAGUGAAUUGUUGAAGUUUCCAGCUCCAAUCAACUUGGAGAUAUUGAUUCUGGAAGAUUGUACUCUGUUCUCUACAUUUGGGACAUUCAUUAGUAAACUCGAGUGCUUGAGUUCCUUGAAUUUGAGAAACUGCAAGGGAGUCGGGCACUUGCCUGACGAACUGUGCCGCAUGAAAUCUUUGAGGGAACUUCUGAUCGAUGGAACUGACGUCAAAAGUAUUCGUAUUCGGAAAGGUUCUAUGGAGAAUCUUGAAAUACUUAGUGCUUGUGACUGUAAAGAAUUGUGUGAUAUAUCCAUAAUUGGGCACCUAAGGUGUCUUUCACGUCUUGCUCUGGAUGGUGCUAACAUUGAUUGGGAUCCAGAAACUUUUGAAUUUCCUCAGAAACUUCAGAGACUUUCUUUAAGGACUUGUCGGAAACCGUAUAAACUUCCACAUUCCAUUGGGAAGCUGAAGCUGCUGGAGGAAAUGGACCUUUCCCACACUAGAAUCACAGAAAUGCCAAGGUCAGUCAAGGAUUUGAGGAAUUUGAAGACGCUGAAGAUGGCAUACUCUGACCUACGAAAAUUUUCGGAAGAUAUUAAAUUUGGGGGCAAAGUUCCUCAUGAAAUUUCAGGACUAUCCUCUUUGAGAAUUUUGAGAUUAUCGUCAACUGAAGUUGCUGGCCUGCCUGAGAGCAUUUGCUGUCUCUCUCGCCUCCAAACCCUCGACUUACUUGACUGCAGCCAACUUCAGGCACUGCCAAGGUUGCCCUCCAGUUUACUUCAUCUCCUCUGGGGAUCUGAAAAAGUGAGCGUCCCCGACUUAUCAUAUCUGACAAAUCUAGAAGAGAUAGUCUUGAAAGAUGUUGAGCAGCCAAAAGCUGGAUGGCUCAUGAGGUUAGUGAGUCUAAAGACCCCAAAUAUUGGGUGGAUCACGAGAUUAUCAAGUCUAGAGACCUUGGAAUUGUCCGUUUCAAAGGUCACCAAUCUCCCCGGCAAUUUUAGUGACCUUACUCAGCUCCGGAAGCUCUCUUUAUCCUACAUGAAGGAGCUAGACCUCACCCAACUUCCCUCCUCAAGCAUAUUGACUCUGUGUCUCAAACACUGCAAUAUUCAAGAGCCAAAAUUUUCUAGUCUGAAUUAUCUGUCUGAAUUAGAACUAGACGACUGCAAUCUAGCAAAGAUUGAUGGUCUUGAAGAUAUAGAGUUUUUGGAAGUCCUGAAAAUUUAUCGUUGCAGGAAUAUAAAAACCUCAAUGGGCUCGAAAAAAUAA